CUCGAGAUUCGCGAUAUUCAGCUUGUCUUGGAGCGCAAGUACAAUAUGCGCAUUUCCGGAUUUUCCACUGACGACCUGCGUACUGUCAAGAAGCCUCAGCCCACUCAAGGCUGGACCCAGAAGAUGUCCGCCAUUCAGGCUGCCAAGGUAACCCAAGGCAAGGCCGAAUAAAUAACGGCGACUUCCUUAAUUUCUCAUACAUUACGACUUUCACGCGCGCGCUCUACUUUCGGUCUGCAAUAUGAGCCUCGAUUCACCUCUCUUACAGACGAGAAAAACACAGAAGAUGGGCGUGCACGAAUGCACUUGUUCUACCUAUCCAUUUCCCUCCACAACUCCAAAUUCACAACAUCAAAACAAAAUAAAACAAAAGUGUCUCUAACAGCAACUGCAAGAUAUGAUCAAAUCACUGGUUCGAGGUGGCGUUUACGGGAGGCGGCAGGUGGUCUUUUUUUACUCUAGUUUACUCUUGCGAUUUACUUCUUUCCGUUCCUCCAACCACGCUCAGUCACAUCCUCAACAUUCUAUUCACAGUGACUCGUUGAUGGAUCGGAAAGAACUUUUUCAAGCAUUUUGCUAUGGCGUCAUCUGUGUUUUCAUUCACCCUCUGGUAUCUUCCUUUUGCCCUUUGCAAUUCACGCCGCCCUUUUUGUUGUUCCCUUUUCUUUCGAAGCCAAGCUAUAGUCAUUCUUCUAUGGCGUAGUGGUUUUUCUCUUUAAUGCACCCUUUUGUCUCUUUUUUCUCUUCCCCCACUUAUGAUGAACCUUCUCAUCUGUUUCUAUCUUUUUUUUCCCUUGCCUAUUAAGGCUUCUUCCUGCUUACUGCUUACACUGGACUACGGUUGUUUCCCUGCUCGGUUACGCUGGUUGUUCAAUUUGUUCAUGGAAAUACCCACUUAGGCAAAGUAGUGUCGGUGCGAAAUGAAUUAUGACUUGGAUUUGUGGGC